AUGAAUGACAGCAACAGCAAUACACCGGAGUGUCACUACAACCAGUCAGUCGAGUUCUUCUACAAUGCUAGUGGGAAGAACAUCAGCCAUCUGUGGCACGCGCAGGACUACGUAGUGAUGGGGCUGGGCCUUACCGUGUGCGGCAUCAUCAUCCUCGCCAACAUGCUGGUCAUCAUCGCCAUCGGCAUCAAUCGCCACUUCCACUUUCCCAUCUAUUACCUGCUGGGAAACCUAGCGGCGACAGACCUGUUAUCCGGAAUCUUUUACAUAAACCUAAUGUUCCACACGGGGCCAUGGACCAUCAACCUGAGCAAGCCGCAGUGGUUUGUCCGCCAGGGCCUGUUGGAAACUGGCCUGACUGCCUCCUUGGUUAACUUGCUUGCCGUGGCGGUGGAACGGCACCGGACCAUCUUCACCAUGCAGCUGCAUAGCAACAUGUCCAACCGGGCGGUGGUCCUGUUGAUCCUGACAAUCUGGGCCGUGGCCUUUGUGGUGGGGUUCGUGCCAAUGAUGGGCUGGCAUUGCAUCUGCGACCUGGAGAACUGCUCCACCAUGGCACCCCUGUACAGUCGCAGCUACUUGGUGUUCUGGGCCGUGUUCAACCUGCUCACCUUCUCCGUCAUGGUGACCAUGUACACGCACAUCUUCAUCUACGUGCACCGCCACACCCAACGAAUGACCCAGCACACCACCCAGAACCGGCACAGGGAGACGAUCAUCAACCUCAUGAAGACGGUCUUCAUCAUUCUGGGAACGUUCGUGGUCUGCUGGACCCCCGGGCAGGUGGUUCUUCUGCUGGAUGGGCUGCAGAGUCCUGCCGAGUAUAUUCUGAACUCUGAGAAGUACUGCCUGGUCCUGGCUGUGUGCAACUCCCUGGUGAACCCCAUUAUCUACUCGUUCCGGGACAAGGAGAUGCGCUCCACCUUCAAGCAGAUCCUCUGCAGCCUCUGCCGGAGAUGCGAAAAGUCCGCAACAAGCCCCAGGCCAAACCCCUGAGCCUCCAGCUCAGCUCAGUACAGAGAGAGGUACUUCCAAAGGGCUCCAAUAACAAGCACACUCACCCAGCAAGGAGAAGGCUAACGGACCCUUUAG